UUCCCUUCAGUUGGUUCUGAGGUCAGACUGGAGGAGCCUCUCUGCUGCACCACAACUCAAGAUGCUGCUCUUGACUCUCAUGUCUCUCUCUAUUAGCCUGGCCAAGGCUGAUCAGAAGAGACCCUCGGACCUCGGUGAGACUCUGGGGGAGCAUGUGGCUCUGGGCCAAUUAACUUUAAACGAAAUGUUCAAGGAGGUGGAAAAACUGAUGGAGGACACGCAGCAGAAACUGGAAGAAGCCGUGCAUCAGAUGGAGAAUGAGACUUCCAGAUCUCUUUAUGGACACCGUUUGCCUUUUGGUCUCCCCAAUCCCAAUGAAGCCAAGGACUCUGAGAGUGAAUCAGGAGAUAUACGCUACUCGGAAGCGUUCAAUCAAGAGAACCGCUGGAACGAGGUGGACCAUGAGUGUCUGAUAGAUGAGGACUGUGAGGAGAACAGCUUCUGUCUGUACAACAUCAGCAGCUCCAAAUGCAUCUUGUGUAAAUCCACGAACAUGGAGUGUGUGAAGGAUGAGGAGUGCUGUGGAGAACAGCUGUGUGUGUGGGGAGUGUGCAUGCAGAACAAAACCCGUGGAGAUUCGGGGACCAUCUGUCAGUACCAGAGCGACUGCAGCCCCCUGCACUGCUGCGCCGUACACAAAGCAUUGCUGUAUCCAGUGUGCAGGCCGCGGCCUCUGGAGGGUCAGAGUUGUCAUGAGCAGCCAAAUGAGUUGCUGGAGCUGCUGCUGUGGGACGACGAGGCUCCUCAUGAACACUGUCCAUGUGCUGCAGGCCUGCAGUGUCAGCCACUCAGUAACGAGUCCCUGUGCCUGAUGAAGAAGAGCUCAGCUGGGAGCAGGAGCCUGAGAGAUUCACAUUAACUGUUCUAAAGAAACAAGACAACAACCGAGCUUCACUUAUUCCAUUUGUUAGUCGGUUAAUGUUAUAUGUAUAUAACGUCUAUGUUCUGUGUAAAUAUCUGCUUCAGUUUUAAAUGUUUGAUUAUACAGUACACGCUAUAUACACAAAGUAAAACUAAAUGGUUUUA